AUGUUGAGCAGCUCGUUUCGCGGCAGGGCGCCACUGCUGGCAAUCCGCGAAGCACGCCGAUUCAGACGGCAGCCCGUCAAACUGAUAGAGAAGGUCACGGAGGAGUACGAGAAAGCCGGCAUCGACACAACGCCACAGCAGCCCGACCAGUCCGCGACGGAGCGGCGAAAACGCAUGAUAAGAUAUGUCUACUACGACCCUACGUUAUCGCAAAAGCUGGCCAUAAUGAAAGCCAGAUUCUUAGCCACCGGGUGGAUAUGGGUUGUUACUGCGCUGUCUACUUACACCGCGCUGAACGCGCUUUACUUUGCUAACAAGCACUUCGAGAAAGGCCGUUACUGUAUAUGA